GCUGGGCGCGCGCCCCUCGGAACCCGGGAAGAGGUGGCCGGGGCGGGGUCAGGGGCAGGGCCAGCGGGAGCCCGGCGCUGAUUGGCCGGCGUGUCCGGCGGGCCCCCGCCGCUGGUUCGUAGCCGGCGCCGCGGCCUGGGCUGGGAUGUGAGGAGCGGCGGGUUCUGGGCUCCGGGCUCCGGGCUUCGGGUGGCGGCGGCUGUGAGCGGCGGCGUUGCGGCGCAAGCGGCGGGCGAGGCCAGCGGGCGCCGUCGGCGGCCGGCCCUGUCGGCCGCGGGAUGAGGAAGCGGACCGAGCCGGUCGCCUUGGAGCAUGAGCGCUGCGCCGCCUCGAGCUCGUCCUCCUCUGGCUCGGCCGCCGCGGCGCUGGACGCCGACUGCCGCCUGAAGCAGAACCUGCGCCUGACGGGCACGGGGGCGGCCGAGCCGCGCUGCGCAGCCGACGCGGGAAUGAAACGGGCGCUGGGCAGGCGAAAGAGCCUAUGGUUGCGCCUGAGGAAGAUACUCUUCUGUGUUUUGGGGUUGUACAUUGCCAUUCCAUUUCUCAUCAAACUAUGUCCUGGAAUACAGGCCAAACUGAUUUUCUUGAAUUUCGUAAGGGUUCCCUAUUUCAUUGAUUUGAAAAAACCACAGGAUCAAGGUUUGAAUCACACAUGUAACUACUACCUGCAGCCAGAGGAAGACGUGACCAUUGGAGUCUGGCAUACCGUCCCCGCAGUCUGGUGGAAGAACGCCCAAGGCAAAGACCAGAUGUGGUAUGAGGAUGCCUUGGCUUCCAGCCACGCUAUCAUUCUGUACCUGCAUGGGAACGCAGGUACCAGAGGAGGUGACCACCGCGUGGAGCUUUACAAGGUGCUGAGUUCCCUUGGUUACCAUGUGGUCACCUUUGACUACAGAGGUUGGGGUGAUUCGGUGGGAACGCCAUCUGAGCGGGGCAUGACCUAUGACGCACUCCACGUUUUUGACUGGAUCAAAGCAAGAAGUGGUGACAACCCUGUGUACAUCUGGGGCCACUCUCUGGGCACUGGUGUGGCGACAAAUCUGGUGCGGCGCCUCUGUGAGCGAGAGACGCCUCCAGAUGCCCUUAUAUUGGAAUCUCCAUUCACUAAUAUCCGCGAAGAAGCUAAGAGCCAUCCAUUUUCAGUGAUAUAUCGAUAUUUCCCUGGGUUUGACUGGUUCUUCCUUGAUCCUAUUACAAGCAGUGGAAUUAAAUUUGCAAAUGACGAAAAUGUGAAGCACAUCUCCUGUCCCCUACUCAUCCUGCAUGCUGAGGACGACCCGGUGGUGCCCUUCCAGCUUGGCAGAAAGCUCUAUAGCAUCGCCGCACCAGCUCGAAGCUUCCGAGACUUCAAAGUUCAGUUUGUGCCCUUUCAUUCAGACCUUGGCUACAGGCACAAAUACAUUUACAAGAGCCCUGAGCUGCCACGGAUACUGAGGUUGCUGCCCAGACUCGCCUACCUGCCUGUCAGAGGACACAGGCUCCACCCCACCUUCUGGCUGGUGUGGCCUUGGGCAAGAUGCUAACCCUCCCUGUGCAUGGGACAAGGCUUCCGAGCCCAAGAGGGCAUGUGGUACUUCGACCCUGAGCACUGGACCCGUGGAGGAGCUGCUGCUAAUGGUGAUAGGGUUUUUUGUUGUGUCGUGCCAGUCGGCUCCAAAAAGUAGGUCAAGGUGCCAGUUUCUCCCAGAAGGGGACUGAAAUUGGUGGCCUGAAUUGCCUCCCAGUGCUGUAUAUCCUAUGAGUAAUUCUACUGCAAACUUCUGCUUUUCUCCAGCCGCCUUUGGAAGUUCCAGAGGCAAAGCUGUGUCCCUUUAGCGGUUUGCCAUUCCUGGGCACAGGGACCUGGGUUGCUGAGGGGACAGUGGGCUCAAAGAGUAUGGGUUUGCUUUGCGGUUAUAAUUUUCCCAUUAUAAAAGGAAGAUUAUAGAAAAUUUAGACCAGAGAAUAGCUCUGAAGUUGAGGGUCAAGAAUCAGAGGCCUUGUGUCCGUGCCUGUGUGUUGGCCUUUGACUUGGCACCGUGCUGCUUGCGCCCUGCCUAACUCACUGAGUGCUGCUGUGGGCUACAGUGAGUCCUCACAGGGCUCCUGGCUGCCUCCUCUCUGCACAGCCUCUGCUUCCUUAGAUAGCAAUGUGAGGACUGGGGAGAAGGAUCUUUGCUCAAAUCUGAGCUCACAUGAUUGGCUCCCGAUUGUCCUGUGGUCUAGGGAAUUCCUGGGGAAGUCGGAGCCUGAGCACCAGCACUGAGCCCGGCUGGGGGAAGGAAACAUGAAGACCUCUGCCCUCCUCCCAUUUUCCUCCAGUCAGCAGCCCGGCCGGCAUCUUGGAGCCCCGGGGGGCCAGCACCUGCAAUGCUCAGGAGCCCAACUUGCACCUGGAGAGGACUCAGAUGCCAGGUGGGGAGGACCCUGCAGUGCCCGGAGGCCUGAGCAUGGCUCUGUGUGGAAAGCAUGGGUGGCAGGCAUGUGGCUCUCCUUGCCGCUACACAACCUGAGAUCUUGUUGGGAGACUUACUGACAGCAGGCAGCCAUCACUGCCUGGUUGAUGCUGCACUGAGCUGGGCAGGGGGAGUCCGGGCAGGGGACUCUUAGGGCCCAGGACCAUGCUGAGCUUUCCGGCACCACCCACAGAGAACAUGGGGCCCACGUUCUUUCUGCCCCUUCCCAGCACAUGCAGAAUGACUCCAGUGGUUCCAUCGUCCCCUCUUGCCCUGUGUACCUGCUUGCCUUCCUCGGCUGCCCUGCCUCCUCUGGGCUGGCCCACUCACCCACAGUGGAGGUGCCCAGGAUUUGUACUUCCUCCCCUUUCACCCACCUGUACGCCUAACCUGGCCUUAGAUUGAGCUUUAUUGAAGAAUAAAAUUGUGGUGGUGGUC